UCAGGAGCACCGCCCAAGCUCCCGGAAGUUUGGAUUUUAUGCAAAAAUGGGCAAAGGAUCACAAUUUUUGUUUCAACAAAGGCAAAUCCCUUCUGUUUUAUGUUUCGUGGAAGAGGGCACCUGGGCAUGCACUGUCCACAGUCGGAAGCGGGGAGUAAACCAAUCCAGUUGCGUCAAUCGAUGCUGGAAGAAUCGGACAACAAGCCGGGGAUAUGGUACAUAAACGCAGCACAGUAUAGGGGAUGGACUUUUUACGACAACUUGGAGUCCCCUAGGUGGGUGUGGGUGCUACAGGAGUCACCGACACUAAAGCCUGACAUCUAUCCCCCUUACGAUAACAAAUGGAGGCAAAAGGGAGCCAAAAGAAUGGAAGAUAAGGACAUAGGUUAUCUGAUAAAGCCUAUGAUUGACGAAACCAUGCUAUUGGAUGAUAAGCAUAGAUUGAGAACAAUGGAAAAGCUCAAUCAGAUUGGGAAAACGGCAGAAGUUGCAUAUCUGGAAAACUCAAAAGCAAGGGAGGAAGCACAAAGCGAAACACGGAACCACAACCAGGAGAACGAGUCUGAAGGCGGGGAAUGUGGGGAAGGACAGAGUGGGUCAACCAAACAGAGCAGCACGGCUACCUCACUCAAACGGAAGGCUAGGACAGAGGAGUUGAGCGAGUCGGAACAGAGUAAGCAAGGGGAACAGGGAACCAAGCAGGUGCAAUCCGGAGGAAUCAAGGUCACAAGGGAUACCCAGCAGACGCCGGGGGAUCAGAAUCAGGAGAUGGAGACAAAGCAGGGCGGGACAGGGGGUUCCAACAAAUGGAGAUUUCACAGCAAGGGGAUAGUGGGCAGACUUCAUCAAAGGAGCAAGAAAUGGAAGAAGCAACGGGCCAAGAUGAGGGGGACACGGGCAACGGGACGGAUUUUUCCGAAGGGAAACCAGCCAGUUCCGCUACAAAAUCUAGAAGAGAAGAAGAAGGGGGGGGAGGGAGAGGAGGGGGAGGAUUCGGAGGAGAGUUCAAGCGAGGAUGGAUGGGAGGAUACAGAGGAUGAGGAGGAUGAGGAUGAUGAGGAACCUGAGACAAUAGAAAGAUGGGUCAAGUGCAUGCAGGCGCUGGAAUGGGAGAUAACGGUGGAAUGUGAGGUUUGCCUGGCACACCAUAAACACUUGCGUAACUUGAAGGACGCCAUGACAACAAUGGAGGGCCUCACUACCACAAAUCGCUUUGAGAUUUUGAAAAAGGAGAAGGAGAUAAAUGACGUGCUAUCACGUAUCAGAGUAGCUGAGCUGAUUAGCAAGGGGAUUUUCGAGGGGGAUGACGAUUUGGAUUCCAGAUCCUUCGCAAUUGACAUGGAAAGAUACUACAGAGAUGAAUGCUCUGACAGAGAGAUGGAAGAGGGAGAAGAUGAGUGGGACAUGGAUGAGGAGGAACAAGAGGAGGGGACACCACCGACAAAGGGUGGAAGCGACAACAUAGGGGACAGACUCGAGGACUCCCUGACGCACACUCAGUCGGACCCCCUGGAUGGUGCGAUUGAGUCAAUGGAGGCUGGGGGCUCGGGGGCCACGUAAAUAGGAUAGACUCUCCCCAAACAAUAUGACAAAGUAGGAUAUGGACCUGUUGAGGAAGGAAGCUAAUGAAAGGAGUACACAAGU